AUGGAUCUGUUCAGUGAUGAAAGUGAUAAUGAAAUGUUUGAAGCUGGAGUAUUUGAUUCAGACUUAAGUAUUGUUGGAUCAAGAGACCACCGAAAUUAUGCGCAAAUUAAUUAUAUGAGUGUCCUUUCUGAAAAAGAAUUUAUAUUCAGAUUCAGAUUAAAUAAAACGUUGGUAAAUGAGUUAUUAAUAAAAAUAAUGCCAGACUUGAGAGUACAAUCUUCCCGGAAUAAUGGCGUAUCGCCAUUACACCAAUUAUUGCUGACACUGAGGUUCUAUGCAUUCGGAACAAUGCUGGUAUCGGUAGCCGACUUCAUUGGGGUAUCGAAAACAUCAGCUAAAAGGAUUGUAUCAGAUGUCUCUCGAGCCAUAGCUGGCUUAUAUCCUCAAUAUGUAAGGAUCUUAGAAAACACACAAAAUGGUUUCUAUGAAAUAGCAGGAUUUCCAAGGAUACUGGGUGCAAUUGACUGCACACAUGUCACCUGGUUAGUAUUGUGUAAGUCACCUGGUUAG